AUGUCUGAUAAUGCGUAUGACUACAUGGAAGAUAUAGAUUACUACAAUAAAAAUAAUGAACAUUCCGCGACAGUGUACGACUACCAACGGCAAGUCAGUGAAAGGAAAAAAAGGGAAGAUGCGAAGAAAAAGGAGGAGCAGUUCUUGCGUCGUUCACUGAGACAGUCAGAAAAAAUGAGAGCUCUUGCACAAGCAAGAAAGCUUGCAAAACAGAGCUCGUCCGAGCAUAAGGCUGCGGAAAAUUUGGCAUUUGAAGGAGAUGACCAAUACUUCACUGACAGUCAUGAUGUGACGCAGUGGGAUGUCCACGGUUUUUUGCGUCAGCUGAGACGCACCCUCGAACGCCGCAAGGCCAAGUCUCCCGUCGCUGUUACUGAAUCGCCUACCCUGAGCGAUGCUGAGUGGAACUGGCUCACCGAAAAGCUCACUGGAAAGUCAGUUCUACAAGCCUUCAAUCUGCACGAUGUUAUAGCGAGCGCUCUAGAGACUUGCCGCGGCAAGAUGGGUACUUUGCCGUACGCGGAUUGGCCAUGUUGCGAUGACGCCCUAGACGAAGUAGACUCUACUAUAAACUACCUGAGUGAAGCUCAAAAGUCUACACAGUCCCAGGAUAUUACAAACCUACUGACGAUUCUGCAAAACCCCAAGUUUCGGGUAUGA